CAAAUUCAGUUAUGGACUCUGCCCCCUCCUGUUGUAAACCCAUUAACUACUCCAUCACCUCCUCCUGCAGAGGGAGUAACGGGCCUGAAGGAGUUGGCCUUCCUGAGGGACCUCGCGGAGCAGAAUUCGGUGAAGUACGGCGUGGACAGAGCAGGAGACCGGGACCGGGACCGCUCCUCUGGGGCAUCAUCACCUGGUUCGGCAGGAGCUUCCAUGAUGCCGGUGGUGAAGGGGAGCAUGAUGGUUCUCAACCAGCUGAGCAACCUGGAGACGACAGUGGGCCGAUUCUACAUCAACCUCCCCAACCGUAUGAUCGACCUGGCCGGCUUCAGUCUGCCCUACUCCGACCCCAUGGGAGACGGAUUUAUCAUGACUGUGAGCCGGCCGUGCUACUUUGGGAACCUGCUGCUCGGCGUGGUCGGGGUGGAUGUGAAUCUGGCCUACAUCCUGGAGGAUGUCACAUACUACCAAGACUCCCUGGCUUCAUACACCUUCCUCAUCGACAACAAAGGUUACACCCUGAUGCACCCGUCGCUGACGCGGCCCUACCUGAUGACGGAGCCCCCCUUGCACACAGACAUCACCCACUACGAGAAUAUCCCAAGAUUCCCCGUGGUCCGACAGAACAUCCUCAACCUCCCUCUGGGCAGUCAGGUCAUUGCUGUUCCAGUCAACUCGUCUCUGUCAUGGCACACCAACCGACUCCGGGACAACAGCAAAGACGCGUACAAUGUCAGCUACGCCUGGAAACUGGUUCAGGACACGUCGUUCAUCCUGUGCAUUGUGUACGUGCAGCCUGAGAUCCCGGUGAAGCAGCUGAAGAACCUGAACACAGCUCCCAGCUCAAAGCUGCUCUACCACCGCUUAGACCUGCUGGGCCAACCCAGCUCCUGCCUGCACUUCAAGCAGCUCGCCACUGUCGAAUCCCCCACAGUGAUGUUGGCAGCCGGCAGUUUCUCCUCCCCCUACGAGCACCUCAGUCAGCCAGAAACCAAGCGCAUGGUGGAGCACUACACCGCCUACCUGAGCGAUAACACCAGGCUCAUCGCCAACCCAGGCCUCAAGUCCUCUGUCAGGAACGAGGUUAUGGCGACCAGUCACGUCACGGAUGAGUGGAUGACACUAAUGGAAAUGAGUAGCCUCAACUGCUACAUUGUGCGCCGUUACAUAGCAACCCCCAGUGGGGUGCUCCGGAUUUACCCGGGAUCACUGAUGGACAAAGCCUUCGACCCGACCCGCAGACAAUGGUACCAGCAUGCUGUGGCCAACCCUGGCCUCAUCACCUUCACGGGGCCGUACCUGGACGUGGGCGGGGCAGGAUACGUCGUGACAAUCAGCCACACCAUCCACGCGUCUAGCUCUCAGACGGCCCCUGGUUACGCGAUAGCCGUGAUGGGUAUAGACUUCACCCUGCGCUACUUCUACAAAGUCUUGCUCGACCUGCUGCCCAUCUGCAACCAGGACAAAGGCAACAAGAUCAGGUGCUUCAUAAUGGAGGACAGAGGGUACCUGGUUGCACACCCCACUCUCAUUGACCCCAAAGGUCAUGCCCCUGCAGAGCAACAGCACAUCACGCACAAGGAGCCGCUGGUUGCUAACGACAUCCUCAACCAUCCCAAUUUCGUGAAGAAGAAUCUGUGCAACAGCUUCAGCGACCGCACCGUGCAGCGCUUCUACAAGUUCAACACCAGCAUCGUGGGGGACCUCACCAACCUGGUCCAUGGUAGCCAUUGUUCUAAGUACCGUCUGACCCGGAUCCCCGGCACCAACGCCUUCGCCGGCAUCGUCAACGAGACAUGUGACUCCCUGGCGUUCUGCGCCUGCAGCACCGUGGACCGACUCUGCCUCAACUGCCACAGAAUGGAGCAGAAUGAGUGCGAGUGUCCAUGUGAGUGCCCUCUAGAGGUCAACGAGUGCACAGGCAACCUCACCAGUGCUGAGAACAG